GCGUAGAUCUCCAAACCAUUCCCCUCUACUGCUGGAGUGUCCGCUCGCAGUGAGUGUGGAUUAUCCACAUGACGUUGUAUCAGCGAUGAGGUGAAGCUCCCCCGCCCCGGCAGUGCAGAGGCUCAGGCAGAUCCCUACAGCCAAAAUGGCGCAAUGUUUACGUCUGUGCAUAAGCGUUUGUUAUACUUAGUGACUCUCAUGGGGAGUUUUUACUGGAAAAGUAUUUGACUCAACGUUUUAAUCGCUUUCACAGCAGCACCGAUCCGGAAGAAGCCGUUAAUGACGAUUUAAGAUCUGUUGCGAGAAACUUCACCAGCAGGAAGCAUGCAAGCUGAGGCCACAGACACCUCACUGAAAGAGGGCAUAGAGGUUCUGAACAUGAAGGACUCAGAGGAAGCUGCAGAGGGCAAAGAGGACGAGGACAGCACGAAGCAACCGGAUACGGAGAUGGCAGAGGAGGACGACGCAACAGCCAAGGAGGAUACAGAUGGGAACACAGAUGCAGUGGGAGGAGAGGCGCAGCAGGAUGAAUCUCAGGCAGACGCAGGGGUGGAGGCUGAAGAUGGAAAACAGAAAGCCGAAGAGGCGAACGGUGACUGGGAGCUUCCGUACAGCGACGAGGAAAUGGAGGACCCCAAAAACUGGAUGCCUCCUCCCGCAGAGAUCAAAAGACUCUAUGAGCUCCUCGCUAAAGGAGAUAUGCUGGAAUUGAACUUUGUGCCCCUUCCUAGAAGGCCCCCCACGCCUGAACAGACCUCUUCGCCCGAAAGAGACGAAGAGGAGGAGGCAGCCAAGGAACGGGAGAGGCAGGAGAGGGAACGCAAGCCUCCAACUCCAACUGAGUUUGACUUUGAUGAGGAGAAAAUGCAAACCACUCCAAAAAAUGCUUUCCUAAGCCGGCGCAGGACUCCUGGAUCUUCUGCCCGCUCCUCUGUUAAAAGGGAAGCUCGGCUGGACAAAGUAUUGUCAGACAUGAAGCGCCACCGCAAGAUUGAGGAGCAUAUCAUGCGCACAGGAAGAGAUCUCUUCAAGAGUGACAAGAAGCUGGAGGAAGCCCUUUCUCCAAACAGCCAGAGGGAGCGGGAGAAGGAGAGGGAACGGGACAGCAACCCCAACACCAUCUUCUCACCACGACAGAGGAGAUACUGAUGGUUUCUUUUGAGACAAGGACUUGCCCAAAGGCAUCUAAAGCCAAGCAUUUCCCUGAGGCUUUCUAAAAAAACUUGAAUUUUUUUUAAUGUAACAAGUUUUGUAUGUUUUAUGUGUUUUGUAUGAUGGCAAUAAAAAUUUUAACCCUGGA